CAGGUGGUGUCGGCACUGUCAUGGCGGCUGCCAGCUGAUGAGAGUAAUGCACAAUAGUUCAGGGUAAGAAAAUCUGAAAGAUGACUGUUACAACAUGGAGAAAAAAUUGUAUGAAACGAAAACUGAUCUUAUGCAAAGGCUGAUCCCUCCCGUCUUGUAUCUGAUUUUGGCUGUGCUGCUUGUGAACUUGCUGCUCUAUCAAUAUUUCAGCUACGUAUAUCCUUCCUAUGGACAGGCCGAUGUUGAACAUGACUCUUGUCAGCACGGUUACUUCAGAUUAGGAACAGUGAAGAACUGUUCACCAUGGUUGUCUUGUGAAGCGCUGAAAAGAGAAGUCCGCAAACUGAAACUCAUUGGUGAAGGAGCUGUGAAAAGGGUUUUCCUUUCUGAGUGGAAGGAAAACAAAGUUGCCCUUUCCCAGUUAACUGUGCCGGAGCUUCAAGAGGACUUCAUCCAUGGCUUACAGAUGCUGAAAUCUCUACAAAGCAGGCACGUGGUCAAGCUGAUUGGAUAUUGUGAGGAGGAGUUCACACUUCUUACGGAGUACCAUCCAUUCGGCUCUCUGAAGAAUCUGAACGAGAUAUUGAACCUUCCAAAGUACAAGAGCUUCAACACAUGGAACAUCAGGUUCCUGCUUGCCAUCGAUUACGUGAGCAUCCUCCAUUACUUGCACAACAGUCCCCUGGGCACCCUUGUGAUGUGUGACUCCAGCGACUUGGACAAAGUUCUUUCUCAGUACUUGCUGACUAGCAGCUUCCAUGUUAUUGUGAAUGACUUGGAUGCUUUGCCUCUUGUAGACAAGAAUGCUGGCGAACUGAUCAGAUGUGGCCAUCGGGAACUUCGGGGUGACUUUGUUGCUCCAGAACAGCUUUGGCCUCAUGGAAACGAAAUGGCUUUUGAAGACAGCCUCAUGCCUCCUUAUGAUGAAAUGACAGAUAUAUGGAAAAUCCCCGAUGUUUCCAAUUUUAUCUUGGGGGAUGUUGAUGGGAGUGACCUCGUCAGGUUCCACCUCUUUGACAUCCACGGGGCGUGCAAAAAGAGCCCAGCUGAAAGACCUUCUGCUCAGACUGUUUUGGAUACAUACAAGAAAGUGCUAGCGUCGCUUGCGAGAGAAACAGUUAUGUCAAGGACUAGGGACAUAUUAUAAAAAACACCAAAAAAAAAACAAAAAACCUCAUGGACAUGCCUUGGUACAUAUUUAGCACAUUUGACUCUUCCUGAUCUGAGAAGUACAAUAGUGCUGGUGGAAACAUAAGCAUAAAUAGAAAAACUCUAAAAUGGCUUCUUAAAAAUGACUCCCAAUUGCACCUUCUGUGACAAAUUGUUGAGAAAAGGGGGGGGGGAGGGAUAGUAUGUGUUGUGUGUGGUACAUUUCUGAAUGAGCAUUUCUUCCUAAAUCAAGUUGGCAUAGGCAGGAUAGAUGUAGCUAUAUGAUAGGAGAUAUAAUAGAAGUGUUAGUAUUUCACGCCUCCGAUGAUGCAGAUGAGAUUGGUGUAAUUCACAUGCCUGUCUAGGAAGAGUGUGGGAACGGGAAGACAGUCUUAUCUCUUAAGUUGUAUGUACUGUUGUACUGUACUUUUGCUUUCACUUGUUCCUUUUUUUCUCUCAGCUGGAGAGAGAAGACGGCAUGAAUCUUUUGUCUGUACAUAGUGUGUAAAUAAAUACGUAGAUUAGCUCUA